UCAGAGGUAGAGGGAGAAGUGGAGUCGCUUCUCCAGACCUCGUUUCCUCUGGGGUUUCCUUCAAAUGCAAAGUUUUGAUAAUGAACAAUUAUUGAAUUGUUUUUUUAUUAUGCGCAUUAGUGCGUCAGUGGCGCAGAGCUCUGUUUUUUCCAGUCUAAAGGAUGACUUUGGUGCGCCUUUAGAGCGCUUUCUGAUGAAUGACGAUGACGUGGACUGAGCGGACCUUAAGGAGAACAGGAACCGCACCUCCGUCACCUGCAGCCGCACCGAUCAGCGCAGCCAAGAGGAGCCUUUCCAAACUCAGCCGCAAACACAGCAAUGGCUCUGUCCAAUCCAGAGCGUCAGUUGGCACUGCCAUAUCUGCAGAGGGUGUGGGCUUCAGGCAACCAGCCAAGAGCAGAAUCCGCCGACAUCAACACCGCCUUUCCUCUGUGUUUACCCGUGGUGUGCUCUCGGCUCGUGGGGACACGACGACAACUGGAGAAGAACCAUCGGUAACAGACGAUCCCUCUGAGCUGUCAAGUCACAUAACAGCACCAGGUAUCCUGAAGGUUUUUGGCACGGAGAUCUGCGAAGGUGCCAACUAUAAAAGUGUCCUGGCAACAACCCAUUCCAGUGCCAAAGAACUGGUGAAAGAAGCACUUGAGAGAUACUCUCUGAACAAGGCCGAUGCCGAUGCCUAUGUCCUGUGUGAUGUGAUCGGCUGCAUCAGGGAGCGAGAAUGGAGGAGCGAGUGUGUGCGUGUGGUGGGAGACAACGAGCGUCCGCUGCUCCUGCAGUCACUUUGGAAGCCCAAAGAAGGCUACGCUCGGCGCUUUGAAAUUCAAAGCAGAGUCAGUGCCGAAGAGAAGAUCUCCAGAGACAAAGAUACAGUGACUGCAGGGAUCAACGCUCAAGCUCGUAAACUGCAGAAGACGCGCUCACGGGGCAGAUCGGUGGUGUUUGGGGGGAGUGGGCAUGGCAUCCUCACAGACAUCGGCCUGAGCCUGUGUAGGAGUCUCAGUGAAGCAGAUCUCAGGUCCUCCCCUGAGCCCCAGCAAAGCCUUAAGAGCCAAUCAGGCGGGGAAGACCCUAAGGCUUACAAAGAGCUUCCCUGUGAGUCUGGCAGAAAAGAAGAGCUGGGGAGCAGCGAUGACAACUGCACACAGUAUUCCAUUCAUCCGCCCGUGCACUUCCCUUACUUCCUGCUACUUCAGGGCUACAGUUACAGACAGGACUUCAUCAUCUACUCUCUAAAUAGAAACUGCACAGUUUUUGGCUGCAAUUCUGAAGCAGUUAAAGAGCAGCCUGCUGUGGAUGUGACUCUUUGGGCUCCUGAUAUCCAGCCACAGCACUGCUGCAUUCAGAGACUCCAGGUCACGACUUCUGACCCUCAACAAGAUGGCAGGAAAAGACCAGGAGUCACCAUCCUGAAGCCCUUCCAUGGAGCUCUGGUCAAGAGGAACGGAGCUGUCGUCAACCAAGAGGUGGAGCUUCAUUCGGGGGACGUCAUAGGCUUGGGCGAGGCUUACCUCUUCAUGUUUAAGGAUCCCAACACAGACAUUUUGGGAAACUCUCCUACUGGAUCUCUUUCAGUGCUGCCUGACUCACCAGAACCACAUCCUCCAACAUCAUUUCCUCUUUAUCAGACACUUAUGCUGUCUACAUCCAAGGGCUCAGGAACACCCUGUGCUCCAGAAAGCACCUUGCCCUGUCUGAGGGACACGAACGGACAAGAGCUUGUUCUCUAUUUUGAUGUGGAGCACAAAGCACAGGUCCUGGAGGAGAUAUUUAAACAGUUCAGAGACCGUGAAGACCUGCACAAACUCACCCCAUCUUUCCUGAUGUGUUUAUGCCUCCAGCAAUCAGCCACACACUUUCCUAUGACAGACCUGCGACAACUACUGCUACAUUUAGCCAGUGAGGUUCAAGUAACUGUAUUGGAAAGGGCCAAGGAGCUUGCAGAUAUUCACUCUCAAAUGGAAAACAUUGACCAAGUGGAGCUUCAACCAGAGAACCUUCUGAGAAGCCUGCAGCCGCUUGUCCUUUGGAUGGCCAACUCUAUCGAGCUCCUUCAUUUUAUCCAUCAAUCAGUCCCUUCCUUGUUGCAUGGGAUUUCACGAAUGGAGGAGGAAGAGGAAGAAGAUUGCAUGGCUGUGUUGGAGCUGCGUUUGUCUACAGUGCGUCCUGCCUGCGAGGAGGCCAUGACGGUCCUGGAGGAGGUCAUUAUGUUUACUUUCCAGCAGUCUGUCUAUUACCUCACCAAGCUCCUGUACCCAGUCCUCCCCAGCCUGUUAGACACUAACCCCUUUUCGGGGAAUGGCCAAGUUCAGAUCUCUAAUGAAGUUGCUGGUGUGUUGGAUAUCUUUAAGAAGACACUGAAUCUCAUGAAAGACUACCGUGUACACCCAAAGAUUUCCAGGCAGCUCUUCACAUACCUCUUCUUCUUUAUCAACGCCUUCCUUUUCAACCUGCUCAUGGAGAGAGGAUCAGGGGGGAGCUUUUAUCACUGGUCCUGUGGAGUUCAGAUUCGUGCAAAUUUGGAUGUGCUGAUAGACUGGGCUUACACAGCAGGCCUCGGAGAACUGGCACAAAAUCACCUCCACAAACUCUCCUCUGCUGUCAAUCUGCUGGCCACCACUCGAGAACAUCUGCUGCAGGCAUCCUGGGGUUCUUUGAGGACAGAGUUUUCCUCACUUCGCCCUGCUCAGCUUCACCAUGUGCUGAGGGAGUACAACCUACACCGGCCCUGCCCCUCUGCAUGGACGCCCUGCAGUGCAGACGCCGACGCUGCAUGCCAAACUGGUGAUAUUCUGGAGAACUUUGACGAACACCCGCCUCUCGUCCUGCCCAACGAUGGUUUUCAGCUGAACUUAAAAAAGCCUAUUGAAGAUAUAAGCCUCAUUAGAGAACUCGUGCAGCUUCAGGCAGUCAUCAAGACAUUUAAUGUUGGUACAUCGACUACACAGUGUGCUCAGUGUGAAUUUCCCGAACUCCUGGAAGCCAAAUGUACCAAAACAAAGGUUCUUCCAAAAGCCCUAAUGGAACAAGGACACGCCCCAUUGAUGCUGCCUAAGAACUGCGAUUCUUCCACUUGUUCUUCAGUAUCAGGAGACGAGGGAACCUGUGAAGUUCUACUAACCCCAAAAGUAAAAGCUCUGGAGCUACAGGACAGAGAGGUGAACCACAAUGGAGGAGCGAAGCGCUCAAUGCGUAAAAGCUCGUGCUUGCUCACGCCACCGAACACACCACUGAGCUCAGAGCGGAUGAAACCAGAAACCGAACACCAACAUAUGAAAAUCCACCAUCACACUUGUCAGUGCUGUGAUAGAACAAAGCAAGAAAAAGGUGGAUGUGGAAGACACAAUGAAGCCGGCGAUGAUGAAGUGUUUAUGGUGAAGCUGCUGAAGGGCCCUGAAGGACUAGGACUGUCUCUAGUGGAUGGCGUGGAAACUCCAAUGAAGACGAAUGGGAUUUAUGUUAAAUCUGUGAUCCCAGGGUCUCCAGCAGCUCUAAAUCAGAGGCUGAGGCCAGGCGAUCGUCUUCUGGCGAUCAAUGGCGACGGAUUGGUCGGCUUGGACUACCACACUGGCAGGGAUCUCAUCCAGAAGGCAGGAGACCUAGCACAGUUGCUAGUUGCCCGGACUGUAAGAACUCAGGAAGACCUGACACACCAGUGCACUUUGACACAGUUCUGGGAAAAUGCAAAGAUUUGAUUCAUCGUUUUAAGCCAUUUUUUUUUUUUACAAUGUUUAUUACAUAACUGUUCUUUUUCUAUCAUUUUUACAUCAAUUUCUGUGAUCUUUUUGUUUCACAUAUUCGUGGCAAAAAUGCUUUUGUAAUUGAUCAUUGUGCUUAAAAACACAUUUCAUUUGGAAACAAAAAUUAAAACAGUAAACUGGCAUGAAA